ACAACUCUGUCCCUCUGAAGGCGGUUCUGUACCGAAAAUGGCGGCGAUCACGGCAGCACAGUAUGGCACCGGUGCAUUGGUUACGGCCUUGAUGCACCCCAUAGGGUAUGCAAAAGUUUUAAUACAGGCAGGCUAUGAGCCGUUACCUCCGAAAGCAUCAGUAUCUUUGUUUGGAAAAGAAUCGUUGGUGUACCCGAAUGUGCUGCAGUACAUGUCCCACAUAAAGAAGGUCGAUGGGUUUUGGGGGUUGUACCGUGGCGUGUUUCCUCGAGUCGUGUCGGGUACAAUCGGAAACAUUGUACAGCACAACGUUGGAGACAAACUGAAAGCAUGGUUCCCGCAGGCUAAGGCCUCGCCAGAAGAAGAAGAGGGGGAUGAGCUCAUGUCAUGGUUGAGAAGUUUUUGCUUGGAGACCAGUCAGGAGACGGUCGCCCGUUGCGUAGGAAUCAUCGCGAGCCACCCUCUGCAGGUUGUCACAGUUCGUUGCAUGAUACAGUUCGUGGGAAGGGAAACCGAAUACGAGGGCCUCUUCUCGUCGCUGGGCGCGAUCUACCGAAAUGACGGAAUCCUUGGAUUCUUCGCUGGCCUCGUGCCAAGAUUGGUGGGCGAAAUCCUGACGGUGUGGGUCACCAACUUCCUGGCGAAACUGCUCAACAGGUAUCUUGUGGAGGAUAAGGAUUUGAGGUCUUAUACUGCGGCUGCUUGUGGGCUGGUAGUUUCCCACUUCACCUAUCCCUUCACUCUGGUCGCCAACGUCAUGGCAAUCAACAGUUCUGGCCUGAAAGCUUCAAGCCCACCACACAUGCCCCGCUAUGAGAGUUGGGUUGACUGUUUCAGUGAUCUCAAUGCCAAAGGUCAGCUGAAGAGAGGAUCCAGCCUAUUCUGGCGUUACUAUCAGGGACCAGUGAUUUGGCGUGAUGGGAGAAUGAUGGCAGCACCCAGAUACUUAAAUUAGCUUAUACUGCUCGUAGCCAAAUCAAGGUUUCGAACUGAAACAAAUUUACAUUUAAACAGUCAUUAUGUGAAAUGAUUGUGGAGCUGUUGAUUCUUCAUCAGAGCACAUGCUUAGAACAGAUAGUUGCAGAAGAUAUUUACUUUGCUUUAUAAAUGUUUGAGACAAAAGAUCUUGUAAAAUCUAUUAGUUUCUUCUUUGUUCUUUAUAAAAUUAAAUGACAAGCAAAUUAACACAGGCUGAAAAAGCUGAAAUACGGAAUGAAAAUAUUUAAAAAAGUGUAGCAUACUAUGCAACAAUAAAAAUAAGGCAGUCACUGAUUUCAAUUGUUGUGUUGUCAACUUCUGCUUGGAGCAGAUUUAUGACUUUCAAACUGAUGUCACUGAUGAGUUGUGUAGAUACUGUGUCUAAACGAUAAACCUUGUUAUACUGUUUUGCCUUAGCUCUUUUUGGUUCAGAGUUUCAUGCAUAACUACUGAGUAAAUAUGCUUUAUGCUAUAGAUAGUAGACUGAACAUGUAAAGACUUUAAAUAAACAUGCAGCAGACAGUAGAUGCAUCAAAAAGAAUUAAGGUAAAUGUUAUAAAAGAGAUGUCAUUUGCAUGAAAUUUUUGAGUGAUAAUGGCAUCACUCUUAUCAAGUUAAAUUGUUAAUAUAAAUAUGUAAACUUGAGACCAUAUGUGUGCGUGAUUUUAUUUGGUGAUCAUUUCUUCUCUUGAUGAUACCUUGAAAGUCAGAUGUAAACAUGACAAAUCUGUACUGUCCAUUGGCAUUUUCAUAUCAAUUUCUCACAAGCACAAACAUAUUUGUUAUUGUAUGAAGAGCAGUUUAUAUCUUUACUAUUUAGUGUUAGCAGCAGAAUCAGAGAUGGGCACACAGUGGAAAGCUGACUGGGCUCUAAUGAGACAUUCUUUGCUGUUCUUCAUUGUGUGAUAAUGUGAUUAUAUUCUGCUUUAAGAAACAAAUUGAUUUCCUGUGACUUCUGUACUGAAUCAGUUCACUGUCCUCUUGAUAAAGAUUUUUCAAACAAAACUUUAUCCAGUCUUUGUAUGGACUUCUCUAAGCAAGAUUUUUCGUAAGUUUUUGGGUGUAAAAUAAAACAAAGGUCUUUGUCAUAUUUUGGUGAUGGCAUCAAAGAUUCUGAAAAUUUUAUUUAGCGUGUUAAUAAAUAAUAAUAAUUUAAACUAAAUUUUCUUAGUGUUCUUUUCUUUCUUCCUAAUGUUGAUGUUAUUUUUAAAUAGGUUAUACUUUACACAGAUUUUUAAGUUUUAUAUCACCAUUACCAGCUUAUGUGAGUUCCCUGUGCCUUAUGAUUUUUAUUGUAAAACCAAGGCAUAUUGCCUUGAAACAUGGAUUAGAAAAAGACUUUGUAGCUUAAAAAGUUAAAACUUGAUUGUAGGGAAAGAAUAUAUAUCAGGGAAUCUGUACAUGGGGAACACAUGUUGUUUGACAUUUACUUUAAGAGCUACAACUUGUAUAUUUACUUUAACUUUAAAAAUGGCAUGCUUGCUGUUUGCAAUGGUAUGGCAUAGUUCUGUCAUUCUCCUGCGCUAGGAAUUAUAAUGAAAUUAUGGUUAGUUGCUACCAACCAUUUGAACAAAAUUUUGUUGUUGCUUCUAAACAUAAAUGACUAAAUCAUAUAUUAUUAACAUUUUUUUAAUAAACCAUAGUCUUCCAAA